ACAGCAUCCAUCAGACCAUCAGUCCAUCACUCAUAAUGUGCUCAAGAAACAUACUUACCGAUGAAUGUUGAUUUUUUUUUUCAUGUUGAUGUCAGGGCGAAUGAACAAGUUCCUGGCAAUUCCCAUAGUUGCCGUUCCUCUAGCAGCAGCAGCACUUAUCAGCUGCUCCCCUUCGCUCAGAACGUGCAGAAAAGGAUCAAGGCGUACUGGGGACUUGCAGCGAGAGGAACAACUAGUUUGGCAAGGGAAGAACGCAGAGUUCUCGGUGUUCGACUUCGAACAGUUACUGGAGGCCACAAAUAAUUUUUCAGAAGAAAACAAACUUGGACAAGGUGGCUUUGGCGCUGUCUACAAGGGCCAGUUUUCCGAGGGAUUGGAGAUAGCGGUGAAGAGACUUUCUUCACAUUCAGGACAAGGUUUCAUAGAAUUCAAAAAUGAAGUCCAGCUGAUAGCCAAAUUCCAACACAGUAAUUUGGUUAGGCUCUUGGGAUGUUGCUCUAAAGAAGAGGAGAAAAUAUUGGUUUAUGAAUACUUGCCAAACAAAAGCUUGGAUUUCUUCAUCUUCGAUGAAAAUAGAAGAGCUUUACUGGAUUGGAACAAACGCAUAGCAAUAAUUGAAGGAAUAUCACAUGGGCUUCUCUACCUACAUAAGCACUCCAGGUUGCGUGUCAUACAUCGAGAUCUCAAACCAGGCAACAUUCUUUUGGACAGCGAAAUGAACCCCAAAAUUUCAGACUUCGGGCUAGCAAAAAUAUUUACUCCAAAUAACACUGAAGGAAGCACUACGAGAACAGUGGUUGGUACAUAUGGCUACAUGGCUCCUGAGUACGCGUGCGAGGGCCUAUUCUCAAUCAAAUCCGAUGUAUUUAGCUUCGGUGUUCUCGUUCUUGAGAUCCUUUGUGGAAAAAGGAAUUCCAGUAGCUCUGAAUGUGGAAAUUUCAUCAAUCUCCUUGGAUAUGCAUGGCAGUUAUAUAAAGAGGGGAGAUGGAGCGAACUCAUUGAUGCGUCAUUGGUACCCAUUCGUGAGUCUGCAGAAGUGAAGAGGUGCAUGAACAUUGCACUGCUAUGUGUACAAGAGAAAGCAGCUGAUCGACCAACCAUGUUAGAUGUUGUCACAAUGCUAAGCAGCAAAACCAUGGUCCUGGUUGAGCCGAAGCACCCAGGAUAUUUCAAUCUAAGGGUAGAAAACAAGCAGGCAUUCUCUGCUACUCGGCAAAGCAGUGUUAAUGAUAUGACCAUAUCUGUCACAACUGGUAGAUAGUUUUUCCUUUGUGUCGUGCAUUGUUUCUACAACGUAUACAACUAGAGGUGAACUCCCAAUGCGUUGCAGGGACUGCAAGGAGUAAAGUCUGUACAUGAUUGAGCUGAGCUUCUAAAGUUCUAAUGGUGAAGA